AUGCUCAUGGAUGUCAUGUACGCGGACAUCGUACUCCGGGAUCGCUGUUGUGGCCGUGUUGGAGAUGCUCUUAUUGCGGAACACGAGCCGGUCCUUCGCGGUCUGGUAUCCUCCGGAAAGCUACCCUCUGGUCUGGAAAAGGCCAUUGAAACGUACUGUAUUCGGCACUUUCUAUCGUGUGCGCCAGAGCUCGUCUUGACAGCCCCCAGCGCGGUCGAGGGGCUUCUCCAGCUCGCCCAGAGUCUUCAAGAGCGGCGGCAUGAAACACCAGUCCGGCUAUCGACAACGUCUUUAACUAAAGAAAAGGACAAGGGUAUUCUGGAGCCGAUGUGGCGGAUUGGGAAAUCGAUCCUUGAGGACGUCAAGCAGUUGCGAAUAACUAUGUGCAUCGAAUAUCAUGAGCAUUUGAUUGACGCGCUGGGUGAAGCAGUGCUGGGGUUCAUUAUGCAAGCCGCCGCUGAGUGUGAACGUGAAGACACAGACAACGGGACUCAGGAAAGGACCGAUUCAAACACGAUGGUCGAAGAGGAUGGGCAGGUUCCUCGCUUUUCGCGGACCCUCCAGCGCUUCGCGAGCUCCAUUGUCAAGCGGCGCUUGGCCCUGCAGCGGCUGCGCGAAGCGGAGCUAAAUAAUACGUCAAAUGAGCUUCUUUUCCCACAGUCGGAGGAGACCAUGACCACGCCGAAACGUGUUGAGGAGGCAAAGGAAACUCAAACGACUGCGCCUACCGACGGUGUGGCGCAUCCCUCUGGGUUGAUAGCGCGAAACGCACGCUCGACGCCUCGUCAAAGUCGUGGGAAACGCCACGCCGCGGUGGCGACCGAAACCUCCCCGUCGCGUGCACUGGAAGCAAAUGAGACACCCCGACGACGCGCAAUCCCCUCAAAAGAGCGCGUUGGAAACGUGAGGGAGGGAGUCAUGGGACAGGCUGUAGCCGAUGAAGACGCGGCUGCGGCGUGGAUUCACCAUCGCGAUGUGGUAGAGCGCACGUAUUUUUUAUGCGUUGAGACGAAUCGAUUUGAGCCCAUCGUGGCUAGGGGACUUUUCGAGCCAUAG